AUGACUGCCUGCUGGCACGCAAGAGCAGCAUCAACAGGCAUCUCUACCAUGACACUCCAUUGCUUGCAGCUUUUUCUCUUGCUUCUGCUUGGUUCAUGGUGGCCAGACUCAGAGCAACAUGUGGCAGGAGCUGUGAAGGUCAGGGAGCACUAUAUAGCUGCACAGAUCACUAGCUGGACCUACAAACCGGAACCUGAGGAAAAGUCCAGAUUGGAACAUUCAGAUCCUGUAUUUAAGAAAAUUUCUUACAGAGACUAUGAAGUGGAUUUUAAAAAAGAAAAACCAGCAAAUAUAUUUUCAGGACUUCUGGGACCAACCCUGCGUGCUGAAGUAGGAGAUACUUUAGUGGUUCACCUUAAAAAUAUGGCUGACAAGCCAGUCAGUAUUCAUCCUCAGGGCCUAGUUUACAGCAAAAAUGAAGAAGGCUCCCUGUAUGAUGACAGAACAUCACCUGCAGAAAAACGAGAUGAUGCUGUACUUCCAGGCCAGCUCUACACGUAUGUGUGGGAUAUAUCAGAAGAAGUUGGUCCAAGAGAAGCUGAUCUUCCUUGUCUUACUUAUGCUUACUAUUCUCAUGAGAAUAUGGCAAUGGAUUUUAACUCUGGUCUGAUUGGAGCAUUGCUGAUCUGUAAGAAAGGAAGUCUAAAUGAGGAUGGGUCACAGAAACAUUUUGACAGGGAAUAUGUACUGAUGUUUGGUGUGUUUGAUGAAAACAAGAGUUGGCAAAGGUCAGCAUCAGUCAAGUAUACAAUUAAUGGCUAUACUGAUGGAACGUUACCAGAUUUAGAGGCUUGUGCUUAUGACAACAUUAGCUGGCACUUGAUAGGAAUGAGUUCUAAGCCAGAAAUCUUCUCCAUUCAUGUCAAUGGCCAGUCCAUGGAGCAAAAGCAUCAUCGAGUUUCUGCUGUUAACUUGGUGGGAGGAGCCUCAACCACCGUAAACAUGACAGUGACUGAGGAAGGAAGGUGGCUCAUAUCUUCUCUUGUCCAAAAGCACCUGCAAGCUGGAAUGCACGGUUUCCUCACUGUAAGGGACUGUGGGGAUAAAGAGAUGAAGAAGAGUCGUCUCUCCUACAGAGAACGUCUUAUGGUUAAAACCUGGGACUAUUUCAUUGCUGCAGAAGAAGUUACUUGGGAUUAUGCCCCAAAUAUUCCAGACACCCUUGAUAGACAAUAUAAAUCACAACACUUGGACAACUUCUCCAAUCUCAUAGGUAAAAGAUAUAAAAAGGCUAUUUUUAGGCAAUAUACUGAUGCCACCUUCACUAAACGUCUGGAAAAUUCUCGUCCCAAGGAAACUGGAAUCUUGGGCCCUAUUAUCAGAGCUCAAAUCAAUGAUAAAGUUAAAAUUGUAUUCAAAAAUAUGGCCAGUCGACCCUACAGCAUUUAUUUCCAUGGAGUGACACUUGCAAAGAAUGCAGAAGGAGCUGAUUAUCCUAUGGAUCCCACAAGUAAAAAAUUUAAAAAGGCAGAUGAGGAGCAGCAGGCGGUGUUUGCUGUAUUCGAUGAAAAUAAGAGCUGGUACCUUGAGGAUAACAUCAAGGAGUACUGCAGCAACUCAGCCACUGUUAAAAGGGAUGAUCCCAAGUUCUAUAACUCGAACAUAAUGCAUACAAUAAACGGCUAUGUGUCUGACAGCAGUGAAAUCCUUGGAUUUUGCCGAGAUACUGUGGUUCAGUGGCACUUUUCCAGUGUUGGCACUCAUGAUGAGAUUGUCUCUGUUCGCCUUGCUGGACACUCUUUUCUGUAUCAAGGGAAAUAUGAGGAUACAUUGAGCCUUUUCCCAAUGAGCGGGGAAUCGGUCACAGUGGAAAUGGACAAUGGUGGUACUUGGCUUUUGGCAUCCUGGGGCACCCCGGGUAUGAGUUAUGGCAUGAGGCUGAGAUUCAGGGAUGCUAAAUGUGACUAUGAGGAAGAUGAAACAUUUGAUGUUGUGGAUUUAACUCCCACCAAGACUGAAAGAAAGGCUGUUCCCACCUCAGCUGAGGAAGAUUUGCAAGAAAAUGAGGAAGACACAGAAGAAUCAGACUAUCAGGAUUACCUGGCUUCUUUUUACUCCAUUAGAGGCUCAAGAAAGGCAGCAGGUGAUGAAGAAAAACAAAAUCUUACAGCACUGGCCUGGGAGCAGUAUGAAGACACUGAUGCCAUGAGUUCUGAGGUGGCAGCUGGCUCGGGUCUGACAGCUAUAAAUAGUAGUGGAAUAACAAACAAUUCUAAGUGCUUAGAAACUCAUAUCACUCCUCUUCCCCCAGUCAAGGAUGAAACAUUCCAGUCAAAUUACACAUCAAUCACAGCAGAAGAGGAUUUAUUUUUAGCUACAACACCUGACAGAGAAGCUGACUUGGUAUUUGAGAACAGAAGCCAAAGCAACUAUGAAACAGCUCACAGUAACAAGUCUGUAGGUGAACUCUUGCUGAGCAAUGGGGAAGGCCCAGUGAAUGUUGCAGAAGAGCUUCCAGCUGGUGGAAAGGACAGUAAAUCUUUUCCAGAAAAACAUCAAGAGCAAAGCACAGGAAGAGGAAGUUAUACCACUAACAAGAAAAGGAAAAGGCGAAGCUCACUAGCCAUUAAGUUUUAUUCUGUCCAAAAGAUGAAUGCCCUUCUAAAUCAUGUCCGAAAUAAAAAUGUCUCAUUUUCUGACAAAACUGGUGCACCUCAUCCUGUGCAUCAUACAGAGGACACAUCCAGUGAAACCAUGGUGGGAACUGGCCAACUGCCAAAUGAAUAUGAUGAUGAUCUGGAAGAGGAGGGAAAGAAGAUGGAAAAUGCCAUGCACACAGUUAACUUGACACUGGAUUUGGACCUCAUAGUAGGAGAUGGGUCUAAUGCAUCUAGCCUUUCUGAACCCAAGAUAUCCAAAGAUAAACCAGGAGAUGCUUUUUCAUUAGAAUAUAUGUUAGACAAUACAAGCCCUAAUUCCAGCCCUGCUGUAGUGAAGAACUUAUUAGAAGCAUCAUUGCCUGGGGCUGGGAAAUAUUCAUCUAAAAUGACUAGUGAGGAAUGGAAUUUGGUGUCCGCAAAGAUGAAUCUGGGAUUAGAGGCGAGUUUAGAUAAAUCUGCUGGUGGGAAGUUAAAUUAUCAUGGCAGAAACGGUACAGCAUCCAUAAAUAAGGAGGAUAUGAAUGAUUAUCAAGGGUUCUCACACCUAAUGGGAGGAAACCAGAAAGGGAGCCACAUGCACCCAACUCAGAAAGGAAAGGAGGGAAACAAUGAUACCUUAUCUGGAAUCUUCAAGAUCCGAAGGAGAAAGAAGGAAGAUGCAAAAAUUACCUACUUGCUGAGCCCAAGGAGUAGAAACCCCAAAAAGCCCAGCAGUUCCAUGGCAGGGUUUGGCCGUGCGCUGUUUCCAGGUGGGACCAAUCACACAGCAGUGCCAUGUUGCACAGAUGCCACCAAGGCAGCCAGAGAGGUCAGCCUGAGGGUGGAUCUGAGCAAAGCCAGGCAUGGAGAGUCGCUGAAUGACACCCUCACCCCGCAGCGGUGUAGGCCAUCCAUCACAAUCGGGCUUCCCCGAGCAGAUGGAGACUAUGAAUAUGUGAUAGGAGAAUCCUACAGUGAUGAAAGCUUGGGUGGGGAAUAUGAGUACCAUUAUGUGAGCUUUGAUGACCCCUACAUGACAGACCCCAAGGUGAACAUCAGCAGGCAGCGGAACCCUGAUGACAUUGCUGAGCACUACCUGCGCAGCAGAGGCAAUGAGAGGAGAUAUUACAUCGCAGCUAAAGAGGUCUGCUGGAACUAUGCAGGAUAUAAGAAAAGUACAAUGAGGAAUGACAAAACUUGUAAAGAUGACAGCAGACGUAAGGUGAUUUUCCAGAGCUAUACAGACAGUACCUUUUCGACUCUUCAGGAUGAAGAUGAAUAUACAGAACAUCUUGGCAUCCUGGGACCAGUUAUUCGGGCUGAAGUGGACGAUGUUAUCCUAGUUCAUUUUAAGAAUCUGGCAUCCAGACCAUAUUCCCUCCAUGCCCAUGGAGUCCUUUAUGAAAAGUCCUCUGAGGGAAGCAUUUAUGAUGAUGAAUCUACUGCUUGGUUUAAGGAAGAUGAUGAAGUUCAGCCAAAUAACAGCUACAUAUAUGUAUGGUAUGCAAACAGACGAUCAGGCCCAGUGCAGUCAGGAGCAGCUUGUCGGUCCUGGAUCUACUACUCUGAUUUAAACCUGGAGAAAGAUAUUCAGUCUGGUUUGAUUGGGCCAAUACUGAUCUGUGAAAAAGGAGCCUUCAGCAAAUCAAACAGCAGCAGGACAUAUACCCGAGACUUUUUCUUGCUUUUUAUGGUCUUCGAUGAAGAGAAAAGCUGGUACUUCGACAAACAUUCUGGAAGGCCUUGUAAUGAGAAAACACAAGAAAUGCAGCAGUGCCACAAAUUCUAUGCCAUUAAUGGGAUUACCUACAAUUUGCAAGGCUUAAGGAUGUAUGAAGGUGAAACAGUCCGAUGGCACUUGCUGAAUAUGGGUGGGCCAAAAGACAUUCAUGUUGUUCAUUUUCAUGGACAGACUUUCAUAGAACAAGGAGAGCCAGAGCAUCAGCUUGGAACAUACACUCUCCUCCCAGGCUCAUUUAGAACAAUUGAAAUGAAACCACAGAGACCUGGCUGGUGGCUUUUAGACACUGAAGUGGGGGAAUACCAGCAAGCAGGAAUGCAGACAUCCUAUUUGGUUAUAGAGAAAGAGUGCAGGAUUCCAAUGGGCCUGGCAAGUGGAGUUAUUCUCGAUUCACAGAUUGAUGCUUCACAUCACAUAGACUAUUGGGAACCUAAGUUAGCCCGAUUAAAUAAUUAUGGAACAUAUAAUGCUUGGAGUACUACAGUGGAGGAAGAACUCCCUUGGAUCCAGGUGGACUUUCGAAGACAAGUUUUGCUCACUGGGAUACAAACACAGGGAGCCAAGCAGGUGUUUAAGUCCUUGUACAUCCAGAAGUAUUUUCUUGUUUACAGCAAAGACAAACGGACAUGGAACACCUUCAAAGGAGACAACUCGCCAACAGGAAAGAUUUUCGAAGGUAAUUCCAAUGCCUAUGACAUAAAAGAGAACAUCAUUGAUCCCCCUAUUAUUGCUAGGUACAUCAGACUCUAUCCCACUGAGGCCUACAACAGGCCUACUCUUCGCAUGGAGCUUCUGGGCUGUGAAGUAGAUGGUUGCUCUUUACCACUUGGAAUGGAAAGUGGCGAGAUCAAGAAUACCCAGAUAACAGCCUCAUCUACUAAGACUUCCUGGUUUAACACAUGGGAUGCUUCACUUGCCCGUCUCAAUCAGAAUGGAAAGAUGAAUGCCUGGCGAGCCAAGUUGAACAACAACCAACAGUGGCUGCAAAUUGAUCUCCUCACAGUUAAGAAGAUCACUGCUAUUGCUACACAGGGGGUCACGUCCAUGUCAGCUGAAAAUUUUGUGAAAACCUAUGUUCUUCUGUACAGCAAUGAAGGCUCCAAGUGGAAAUCCUACACAGAGGGUUCAAGCUCAGUGCCAAAGGUUUUCUUGGGUAAUGCAAACAGCAAUGGGCACGUCAAGAAUUUUUUUAACCCACCUAUCCUGUCCAGGUUUAUCCGCAUUGUUCCAAAAACAUGGUACCGUGGGAUUGCCCUUCGGGUAGAACUCUAUGGCUGUGAAUUUGGUGUGGGUCUGGCUGUGAAAAAGACUGAUGAGUCUGGGAGCUUUUAACCUGCCAGCAGUCAUCAUGCAGAACAACAUGUUUGUUAGGAAACCCUAAAAACAGUUUUUGCUUAGUAGUUUGGAUGUGUGCUUCAUCAGAGAAACAUAAUGUUUUACCAGCAGGGUUGAGAGAUUUCUCUGGCUGUGAAUAUAUCUACAAAUACACACUUUAGAAAACAGCUUUGGAGCUCUAGGAAGAAACAGUAGUCCCUUUUGGUUAGUAUUAUCACUUCUUCAUUAUAACCAGUAUUCUAGCUUACUUUUUACUUAAUUUUAAGUCCUAAAUCCCUAGGAUUGCAGACUGUGGCCUUGAUCCUGAGCCCUGAUUAUCUCCAUUUUUUAAUGCUUUUGCAGCAAGAUGAGGAAUAGAAAGCUAUAGUAGGUGGAUGUUCUCCAUACAUAAGGCUGAGAGGGGAAACCAGUGCUGAUCUGGAGCUGUGGUGCAGCAUUCCAGCAGUGCCUUGGUGGGAAAUGAUUGUAGGGGUGGCCUCUCCUCCACAUGUCUUUCACCUACACUGUGGUAGAGGCAGGACAUGUCUCAACAUUGAGAUAUGUGCAACCCCUUCUCAGAGAAUGUGUGUUGGCAUUUUUGGUUUGGUUCUUGCAUACCCAGAACACCUGAAUGAUGUGGAUUUUACAUAAUUAAGGGAAAAGGGGGUCAGCAGUGCCUUUCCAUCCCAGAAAUUAGAAAGGAAGUGACUUAACCUGUCAGAUCAUGGAACAGCAAUGGGAGAACCAAAAUGGGAAUUCAGAACUCCUGAUGCUGAGUGCCAUAUACACUUUUAGACUGUUAGGACAGGGAGCUCCCUUGAUGAGGAAAGCUUUGAGAACAGCAGCUGUGUAGUGACAGUACAGCCUGGGGGUGGCAGAAGAGGAUUAGAGGAAACUGAGUAACAGAAACAUCUGUAUCUUACAAUUUAACAAUGUUCUCACUAAUGGAAAUACUCUUGUGCAUAGAUUUUACAUGGAUUUUCCCAGGAUAAGUACAUCUGAAAAUAGAUACACAGUCAUGAUCUCAUUAUUCCAGAAGAAUUUUAGCUAAGCUUUCAGUAGUGUUCUGGGCUUCUAUCCUGUAAGUUGUUUAUAUGCAGCUUCACUUAUCACACUAGGUACCAUUCAGCAGGCUGGAUUUUUAAAGUAGUUUGUCUUUGCUUGGAUGGUGUUAGCCAGUUUUAUUUCAGUAGUUUUUAAUUUCUUUCUCUUACAGAACAUGCAUUUUAAAGAGAAG